UUUGAACUCUGCUCACUCCUUCCUUUGGUCUCUCUCUGUCCGGUGAAGUUAAACAUGGAGGAAGCCAACAAGCUCGUCGGAACUGGAAAGAAGUACCUGGUGAUGGGGAAGGUUGUGGAGGCGGUGAGCUCCCUGCAGGAGGCCUGCGGCAUGCUAGCUAAGAAGUACGGAGACACAGCGGACGAAUGUGGGGAGGCGUUCUACUGGUGUGGUAAAGCCCUGCUGGAUUUGGCUCGGAUGGAGAACUCUGUCCUGGGAAACGCUUUGGAAGGAGUGCCAGAGGAGGACGAGGAAGAGGGGAAGCCCAAAGACCCCAACAUCGAGAGCGCCGAGAACCUUGAUGAGAAGACCAGAGACGAGCUGAGGGUUCAGGUGUACGACGCCAUGGCGGAGAAGGAGGACGGGAAGGAGGGCAAGGCUGCAGAGGAGGAUAAGGAGCAGGACUCGGAGGCUACAGCUGAUCAGAAGAAUGGAGAAUCUGAAGUAAACAAAGACGAGACGGAGACUGGAGAGGAGCCACCUGCUGAAGACAAAGAUAAAGCACCAGCAGCUGAGGAGAAGGGUGAAGAAGCAGCAGAGAAAGACGGAGAAAAAGCAGCUGCAGAGGAGGAGGAGAAUCUGCCUCAGGACAGCGAGGAUGAGGUGGGGAACCUGCAGCUGGCCUGGGAGAUGCUGGAGGUUGCUAAAGUCAUCUACAAAAGGAAGGAGACGAAGGAGGAUCAGCUGAUGGCGGCGCAGACCCACCUGAAGCUGGGGGAGGUUUCUGCUGAGUCAGGGAACUACACACAGGCUCUGGAGGAUUUCCAGGAGUGUCUGAAGCUCCAGCUGAAACACCUGGACUCGGACAGCCGGCUGCUCGCCGAGACCCACUACCAGCUGGGGGUGACCUACAGCCUGAACCUUCAGCACGCCGAGGCCAUCGAGGCUCUCAAUAACUCCAUCUCCGUCAUCAAGAGUCGGCUAGAGAAACUGCAGGAGAUGAUCGACAAAGCAGAGGGUCCAGAAGCUCUGCCAGAGGAGAGGAAGGAGCUGGAGGAGCUGAAGGCUCUGCUCCCAGAGAUCCAGGAGAAGGUGGAGGACACCACAGAGGGACUGAAGACCAGCGCUGAGGCUGCUCAGGACGGCUCCUCUGCUUCCACCACGCUGCCUGGUUCCACUGUAAACAAUGACUCCUCAUCCGCUCCAGCAAUUAACAGCACCGGCAGUCCCAGUAAACAGGCCUCCACAGUCCCAGUGUCGGACAUCUCCCACCUGGUCAGGAAGAAGAGGAAACCAGAGGAGAGUCCAGUAAAGGAAACUGAAGUGAAGAGAGUGAAGCAGGAUGAGGGCGACGUUCAGCAGCCUCACACUAACGGCGUUCACAGCGCUAACGGUGACCCAGCAGAAAACGCUGAAACCAUGGAGGUGGCAAAGUAGAGCGAUCUGAUUCCGACUCGGGCAUUUCUCCAAGGUUUACUCCAUCGAUGAUCAAGUUCCAAGAGUAGCUAGUUCCCUCAUUCCAGGGGACGCGUCCUCCAAAGAUGGUGGAUUCUGCUGUGGUUGCAUAUAAAGGCCGUGUCUGCAGCCUCCUCACCAGAGUCAUUUUAGUCUGUGAAGCCAAACUGUUCCCUGUUCCUCUGAACAGCUGUUUGGUGCCGUUUGUAAAUACGUCUUGUCUU